CCGCGGACCAGCUUCGCGGCGGUCGGCUCGGGGAGCGCGGAGGCAGCGGCCCGGGAGCCAGGCGGAACCUGCGGGGGCGGAGGUGGCGCUGGCAGCGGCAGCAGCGGCAGCCGCGGCGCCCGGAGCAGGAACAGGAUCAAGCCCUCCAUACCAGGGACCAGGCUAAACCCAGACUACUACUGCCUCUCCCUGGGUCCCACUGACCUCAGAAAGCAGCCACUGUAAUCAUGGGCAAUAUCUUUGGAAACCUUCUGAAGAGCCUAAUUGGGAAGAAGGAGAUGCGCAUCCUGAUGGUGGGCCUGGAUGCUGCAGGGAAGACCACCAUCCUGUAUAAGCUGAAGCUGGGGGAGAUUGUCACCACCAUCCCUACCAUUGGGUUUAAUGUGGAAACAGUGGAAUAUAAGAAUAUCAGCUUCACAGUAUGGGACGUAGGUGGCCAGGACAAGAUUCGGCCCCUCUGGAGACACUACUUCCAGAACACCCAAGGCUUGAUAUUUGUGGUGGACAGCAAUGAUCGGGAGCGAGUCAACGAGGCCCGGGAGGAGCUGAUGAGGAUGCUGGCGGAGGACGAGCUCCGGGACGCUGUGCUCCUUGUGUUCGCAAACAAGCAGGAUUUGCCGAAUGCUAUGAACGCUGCUGAAAUCACAGACAAGCUGGGGCUGCAUUCUCUGCGCCACCGCAAUUGGUACAUUCAGGCCACCUGUGCAACCAGCGGGGACGGGCUCUAUGAGGGCUUGGACUGGCUGGCCAAUCAACUCAAGAACAAGAAGUGAGAGCAGGCAGCCUCGUCUGGCUGCCCCACCCACUCCGCCACGUACCUGUUGUCUCCCUCCCAUAUUUCCCUUCCUGCCUCUUGAAAGUGUGGCCAGUCCUGGGUAUCAUGUUUACGUGCCCAGCAAGAGCCUUGCCUCCUGUGCCUCCCUCCCUUCCUCCCUUCCUCCCUCCCUCCCUCCCUCCCUGUCACUGACAUGAUCAGUCCCCCACUGCUGUCCCGAUGAUGAAUCAUUCCAAUUUACUGGAUUUAAAACAAACGAGGCUGUUAUGGUUUCAUGGGGUGGUCUCCCUGCUGGGCUUCAGGAGGAAGAGUGGGCUGUUCUUUCCGGGGCUGUUUGGCACUGGCUCCUUCCCUGUCCCCCUGGCCACUCUGCCCCAUCUUCCUUUCCUUCUUCUAACCCUCUCCUGUUCUACAUGGAAAUUGCACGGGCCUCUCUGUGUGUGCGUGCAUGUGUGCGCCUGUAUAUACGUGUAUAGAGAGAUAUAUAUGUGGGGGUCGGGGGAGGGAGUGGAGAGCAGCUCAGGGCUUGCGGCCAGGACACUGCCCAGUGGAGCCCGUCAUCUGCCCUCUGUGUUGGUGAGAUCAGGGGAAUGGGGGUGGGUCCCGUUGCUUUCCUCUCCGCAGGAGGUGUUCCUGACGUUAGGACAGAUGGUGGACUCUGCAGCCGUCUUCCUUAGAUUUCUUCUCCACCCUUAUGAGCGUGAGAAACGGCAUUUCUCUCUAGAUGACUGUUCCUACGAGAUGCCGUCCUGUGCUGCCUCGGUGGUGGGAAGGAGAGAGGAACCCGCUCACUUUGAUCAGUCCUCCCCACCAUCAUGAGAUCCUCCCCAGAAGCUCAGAGGGAGGUGGGUUGUGGGACCUGCAUGGCGAGGGGUGGAGCGUGGUCUGUUUCCAUCUUGUUCUUGUUACUAGAAGGUAAGGUGUGGAGCAUCCUGCCUCUGCCCUCCUGGACCUUCCUCAGUCUUCCGAGCUCGGGCCUGGGUGGCUCCAUCUGUCCUUGGGCAGAUUCUCUCACCUAGUAGUCCUGCUGGCCUGCUGGGGACUGACCAGGUGGGGUAACAGAAGCCAUGGCGUAGGGGUGACCUAGCAGACUUCAGUAUCAACCCCUGUGCGCCAGUCUCUUUCUAGUGCAGGACCAGCUAAAGACGAUGUCCGGCUGUGUGCGGGCCUCAGACCCUCCUUGCUGGCAGCUUUCCUCAGUCCUCACACACGUCCUUGAAUAGGUUGAGGGGGUUGGAAUGGAGGAAACAGGACCCUGUGCGGCUGGCGCUGGGACAGUGAUAAUCGGGGCCUCCCUCCUCCAUCCUGUCUGUGGUCGGAUGCUGCUGCGGUCUGUAGGAGGCCCCUGCUUACUCCUGAGACUCUGACCUGGGUCCUGCCGCAGUGAGGCCGUGGCUGCCCUGUGGGCUCCUGUGUGUGCUGGCUGCGCCCUGAGCUCCAAACCAGCUGUCGUAACCUCUCUGCUAAGGCCAGGACCCUGGGCCCUCUGCAGGAUGGCUGAGGGACGGACCCCUUCCCAGAAGGCCCUGCUGAGCUCCACUCUGGCCGGCUUUCCUGCCAGCUUUGUCCACAGCAGGCAGAUCAGUUCCCCAGCCUACCCCAGCCAAACUGAGAGGUUCCAGGGGUGUCUCCCUCAGUGCACUUAGUGCUGUGUUAUUAAACCCCAGAUACCGUGUGUGUGUGUGUGUGUGUGUGUGCGUGUGUGUGUGUGCCGGUGUUCUGUUUCCUUUUACAGUGAGUUAGUUCAUCACUCUCACUCCGGACACUGCCCCCCACACUUUCUCCGCCGGUUUCUGAUUUUCCCCUCUGUUGCCACUCUGAGCUCUGCUUUGCCUUCUCAGUUCCUUCACUGUUGUGGCCUGUUUGUUUUUCUUUUCCUUGUUUUUGUCUUCUGUUUGAUUUUCUCCUCUCUAUGAGUGGUGAGGACUGUGCCUCUUCCUCUGCCGCGCUUUCUGACCUUGCCUCUUAGGUAGUAGUUCCACAUAGGUUUCGUUUAUCGCAGGCUCAGUCCACCCCACCCACCGCCCCAGCAUCUUGGUUUUCUCAGCCUCCUGGGACCAGCCUGAGGCUGAGCAGGCUGAGGCAGCUGAAGAUGUUGACUUGAUGCUGCUCCAGAUACGUCCAGCAGGGGGCAGUAACAUCUUGGUAACAUCUCUGGCUCCUGGGGGAGGUGGGGGACGGGCCUUUCUAUGUUCCCGUUCACCUAGCAAGUCCUUAGGGGUUGGGGGUUCCGUUCCAUUUCUGUAAACUCCCUCUCCUGCGUCUCUGAAGUUGGUUUAAUUGUUGAUCUUCCUUGUUCCAGCUUUCUUUCUGGGGAUUCCCCCUUCCCUCUGCCGCCUCCGAAGUUUGUGGUGUUACAGUGGUAUCUGCAGUUCUGAAGUGGGAUUUUUUUCUUUUUCCUUUCUCUGGAAUGUAGACUGUAUAUGUUUAAUAACUCACCUUCUCUAUCCUUGCUCAAAAAUGUGGGAUAAUGCAAUGACUGUGACCCUGGUUGGAAAUUAAACUUGUCUUAUGCA